GUUUUUAUUAAACCGUCAUCGUGAAAUGUGCGAGUAGUAUUUUCUGAAUAGUAUUUGACAUAAGGAUUAAAGUCGAGAAUAAAAGAAAGCGUUAUAGUACAAAUGGAGAAAGCAGAGAAAGAAGAUCAACACCAAGUUAGAAACGAAACAACAUCAGCCGAAGUUGAAACCAAUAUAUAUUUGGAAGACAAGAGAGACAAUAGGAAGCAUGAUGACAAAACAUCUGAUGUUUCAGUAAAUGAGCACAUGAAAGAAACAGGGAAUGGAGAUAAAAAGCAAGUUAAAAUCAAACCAACAUCAGUUAAAGUGGAAGCGAAUAAUAUCACGGAAGUCAACUAUUCUGCAGGAGAGGACGGUGAUAAAGAUGGUGGCAUAACAACUGAUGAUUCAGUGAAUGAACACAUCAAAGGAACAGAGAAUGAAGAUGACCAAGAUAAAAGCGAAACAAAAUCAAUUGAGCAAAAAAAAAAUGAUACCCUGGAACAAGCCGAGCAUUCGGCAGAAGAGUGCAACAGUGAUGAACAUGAUGAAAAAACAACUGAUGAUUCGGUCAAUGAACAAAUGAGGGGAACAAAGAAUGGAGAUAAACGACAAGAAAAAAACGAAUCAACAUCUACUGAGGUUCAAACGAAUGAUCUCAUGGAACAAGUUAAGUAUUCGGCAGAAGAGGGCGACACUGAUAAAAAUGAUGACAAAAAAAUUGAUGAUUCAGUGAAUGCAACGAAGAACAUAAAGUUUCCUAGUGGUCUUCCGAAGCAGUCAUCUUUAGUUCAAAAAGGAAAGGACGGUAAACCAGAACAAUGUGAUGUGGGUCAAUCAUCACAGGCUAUGAAGACAUCAAACACUACAGUUCAGACAACAAAUACACAGGACAAAAACGCACAAACACCUUUAUCAAAGUACACUUUAAAACAUGCACGAACGGUUGAUAACCAAAAACUAACCGAUGAAGAUUUAACCUCCCAUAAAAAAAUACCUGAUUAUAUUUUUGAAACAUUAAUGAUAGGUAAUUACAAAGCACGUGAAUUCGAGUUAAAACUAUCACAUUCUAACGAGGAGACUGUUAAAAGUAACGAUGAUUCGAAAGAGAACGAAAACGAAGACGUUGGAGUCAACCCGAUGGACGCAAUACUUGGUAUAUUUCAUGGAUCCGAUGAUUCUUUACGACGUUAUCUUGCCAAUAAAUUAUCUGCGUGUCAACUUAGUGUCCCCUUUCUUCUGCCGGACCCUUCGGCACCUUCUGAAAACGUCACACUUUUGCUAUCGGCGUUGGAGAAUAUCACUAAAUGUUGGGAAGAUGGGUCUACCACAAAACAAGUGUUUGCCAUAGAGCAUCCAUUUCCAGUUGUUUCAUUCAUUCGAAUUGGCACAACUAAAAUGUCGAAAUCAUCCUUGAUUAACAAAAUUAUGAGUUACGGAGGCAAUACACAUGACUACUUCUUCCACAAAAACAUGAAAGGUGGACAUGUUAAACGAAAAGUCGUCGAUGGUUUGGUUGAAUUGAGCUGGUAUCUUCCUGGACAGAGUGAGAAACGGACAUUACAAAACGAAAUUUGUUUUGCAAAUCUUCGAGGAGACGCCAAAAAUUUCAGGAAGCAAUUUCAUUUCCUUUUGAAAAUUUCAUCCGUAUUAUUUAUCUUAUUACCUUCAGAGUUUCAACAAAGAGGGGGCGAAAGCAUUCCAAAAGAUAUUUUGGAGGAAGCAACGAAAGCCGGUGGAAAAGUUAUCCUUAUUUUUAAGGAGGACAUAAAAUCGGAUUCCAAAAGAUAUUUUGAAGAUUUAAAGUUGACCUUGGUAAUUAAAGCCAAAGAGAAAAACAAAAACCAUUUUCUCCUUAGCAUACGAGAAAAGAUCCAGAAAAAUAUUGGUAAAAAGAAAGCAUUUCCUCUAGUGGAGCUAGUUUCUAAUCUGAAAAAAGGUAACAUUAACCUUGGUGAUACUUCAUACCAAUCAUAUGAAAAAUUCGAAAAACGUUUCGGCGGUUGGCUUAAAACGGAAAACGAAAAUUCUAAAAAGCUUCUGAAACUACAAACGCACAUCCCAGCAUUGGCCGAGUUGGAACGUAAAAAGUUUUGUACAUCUAAAAGUGGUGAUAUUAAGCAAGUUCUCGCGAAGACUAAUCAAGAAAUCUUCAAGGAAGAGGAGGCCCAAAAAGAAACCUUGCAUCGCAUGGACACACAAGUUCUCAACUAUCUCGCUGGCAUUGGACAGAUGGAUGAAAUUAAUCGAAAUUACACUUUAAAUAAGUUAAAACAUCACUUGGAUAAAAUGUCUCUGCAGGUCAUGCCAAAAUUGCAUGCCGACUAUCGCGAAGCUUUUCUUAAACACCAGAAAAUAAGACAAGAAAUGACCCAGAAGUUAAACACACAAUCGCCCGAGGAGAAACGAUUAAAACAGCUUCAAGAAUCCAUCUUAAAAUACUCCUUUGGCAUAGAACACAUUAUGAGAGAACUGGCUCAGCUUUACCAAAUUGACAAAGUAAAAUACGACUAUGCAGCUGCUGCAGCGGACAUGUUGCUUUCAGGACAACCUCUUGAAAUAAUGGAUGGCGAUUCGUUUUACAUUCCACUGCGAUGGUUUAAUGCCGUGUACACUAAGCUACAAGAGAAAACAAAUAAUGCAAAACAAUUUGUAAUUUCUGUUGUAGGUAUUCAAAGUUCAGGUAAGUCGACAAUGUUAAACACAAUGUUUGGUUUAGAGUUCCCUGUCAGUGCAGGGAAGUGUACUCGUGGUGCUUUCGCUAGUCUUCUCCCUGUAAGUGAUUAUCUUAGCGUUCAAUCAAACUGCGACUAUGUUUUAAUCAUUGAUACUGAGGGUCUUGAAGGAUCCGCAGACUCCCUGUUACGAAAACAUGAUAACCAGUUGGCGACGUUUGCAAUUGGUAUUGCUGAUGUAACCAUUGUGAACAUAUAUGGUGAAAAUCACAACGAAAUGAAAGAAUUUUUAGAAAUAGCUGUUCAGGCUUUCUUGAAGAUGAACCUGGCCGAACAAAAGAAGAGGUCAUGCAAUUUUGUUCACCAAAAUGUUGUAGCUCCCGACGCGAGGGAUAAAUUGUUCGACAAACGUUUUGCCCUAAAGAAAGACCUCGACAAAAUGACGGAGUUGGCUGCAAAGCAGGAAAAUUGUACGCACAAAUACCAAAAAUUUGAUGAUCUUAUUUCAUUUGAUUUCAAUGAACAUGUUUUUUAUAUACCAAGCCUUCUGAAAGGAAAUCCGCCAAUGGCUCCUGUGAACCCUGAAUAUGGAAGAGCAGUUCAAAGAGUAAAAGAAAACAUCAUAAAUUUGAUGUUGAAAGACAGUAUGAAGCUUUCUUUCUCUCAAUUUCGCGAUAAGGUUGGUAUUCUCUGGAAAGCCAUGUUGAAAGAAAAUUUCAUAUUUAGCUUCCGUAAUAUAAUCGAAGUUAGGGCAUUUACGGCAUUAGACCGAAAGUGUUUCAAUGAAUCCGUGAAUAAUAUGGUGAUUGGAAUGGGUGAUCUUCAAUCGAAUAUUGAAGUAGCUCUAAAAAGAUGCUCAUCCCCAGAGGAACUUUCUGAAGUGUGGAGAGAAAAAGAAAGAGAUAUACAAAACAAGGCGAAGGAAUUCGAGAAGAAGAUGAAAGACGCGCUAAAUGAUUUUAUUAAAAGCGACGAGGACAAGGCGAUUCUUGAACAGUGGAGAGAAAACGUAAUGAAAAAAAUUGAAAUGCAAAGAGAACUUCAAGUAUUGCAGGUACAGAAAAACUGCUUAUCAACUUUCAAUCAUUUGCAGCAAAUUCAGGAUAUUGAUAAACAGAAGGAUAUGCGUAAAAAAGAACUGCUGGAAAAAGCUAAAAAGUUUAUAACAUCUGCUGAUACUAAUGAUGAGGGAAAAUUAAAGGCGGCAUUCGAACAGGAAUGGAAGCUAUGGACUGAAGGCCUUCCUGGAUGCGAGGAAAAGAAAGUUGAUGUCAAUAAAGAAAUGGUGGCUGUUCUUUGCAACACAGAUCUUGUUCUGACUGCAAACUUUAAAGAGAAAUUACAGGGAAAAGAUUAUAUAAUAUCAAACUUUAAAGAAGACGAGCCAAUUAUUGACGAUGAUCAUCUUACAUAUAACUUUAAUUUUUUGGGAAAACUGGUUGACUUCGUUCAAAACAAGAAAAGAGUGAAGUGUCAAUCCGACGCUCAGAAAAUUGUAAAGCUUGUGGAUAAGAAAACACACGAUUUUGCGAUAAAAGCAUCCGCAAAACCAGGGGCAAGAUGCAGCAGCAAUGAACUAGAACGCAUGUAUCACAUAGUGAUCACCACUAUAGAAGAGGAAACGAAAGAUGCUGAAUUUAAAUUGAGUCAAUCCUUAAAAUGUGACAUCUUGCUCAAUAUUUUCGCCAAUAGAUAUAAAAUUUUCGAUGAAAUGGAAGAACUCUUUAUUCUGGAACGAGACAUAAGAGGUGACCUGGAAAAAAAAUUUCGACCAGAGCUGGAAAGAUAUUUCAAUAAAGUUUGUAAGAAGGUGAAAAAAGAAGUGUUGGCUGCAACUUCGUUUGUCGAGGCGCUUGAAGUCCCAAUUGAGACGGCGCUGAAUAGCACCAUGGGUCGGGCAGUGGCAAGAGAAAUGUUGAAGGAAGCUAAGUAUCAAAGCAAAGGUCAAUUUCAUGCGAGUGUCCUCAUUCAACUUGGGGAGGAAUGCGAAUUGGAGGCCUCUACGUCGAAGGAAUGCAAGUUUGAAGCGUACAAGCGGUAUAUAGAAAAUCCAGUUAGCUUUUUAAGAAUGCAGCUCAUUGUCUCUGCCGAGAAAUACAGUUUAGAAGAAGAAAAAAAAUCUAUUUUCGAAGAGAAAAUCAUUGGAAUACGAGACAAUAUUUUAGCUGCUAUUUCCAAUGCCAACGAGGAAACAAAAACGAACGAGGGAACAAAAACGAACAAGGGAACAAAAACGAACGAGGGAACAAAAACCAAAGAGGGAACGAAAACCAACGAGGGAACAAAAACCAACGAGGGAACAAAAUCUUUAAAAGUUAAGAAAAUAUCAUCUUGGAUUAAAACAUUCGUGGAAAAGUGUUCUACCCUCGUUAUCAAGAAUGAAACAUUUGCAUUAGCUGAAAUUGAAGAUCUGGAAGAGAUUGAAGUUUUCCAGGAAGAAGUUCUUAGGAAGGUGACCCAUUUUGUAGAAAGCUUGAUCAGAUGCGGGUUAAGUCACGAAAGUAUAGAAUUAUGGCAUCCAAAACCAGCUGAUGUUCUAUUUAACGACAUGAUGGGUUGUCAAAGUGUUUGCCCAUUCUGCAAAGCCGUGUGUGACCUAAAUCAUGAAAAUCAUCUAGGUAAACACUCAACACCAUAUCAUCGCCCAGAGGGAAUAAUUGGUUACAAAUACCAGGCAACAAGACAACUAGAAACCAAUAUUUGCCCAAUGAAUGUGGACAGUCUCCUUAGGUUUCAAAACGUUGCCACAGGUGGAAAAUGGCAUCCUUGCGAAGAAUACGAGUCGGUUAAUGAAUAUUACGAAUCGUGGUCAAUUCCUAGAGAUACGACAUUAGAAGCAUCUAAGUAUUUUCAGUGGUUCAUGGUAACCUUCUCCAAAGAUUUGGCUGAAUACCACAACGCGGAAGAGCCAGAUAUUCCUGAAGCAUGGAAGCGCGUUAAUUUCAGCGACGCAAAAGAAGAACUUAAACAGAAAUACAGCCUGUAAAUAUUCGCUGAAAGAUUUUUCAAGGUUGUUACAUCAUAUUUUUUGCAUUUUUCAUAUUUUUCAUAUUUGAGUGGCCUGUAUUUUAGGGCACUUUUAACAAAACUUAACUGUAAAAGUAAACAUAACAUUAACGGUUUUUUGCACGCACAAUAAUAUCAUAGCAAAGAUGACUCAUAUAAGUUUUGUCUUUUCCAGUUUUUCCCUGAUAGUUUUCUAUUUUUUUUCUUGUAACCGUAAAUUCAUCUAACUACCCUAUGUACAAAAUAAUGCGAAUUAAAUCAAAUAUGUCAGGCUCCAAAUCUGCCAUUACGUAUCAAGUUAGGGCAGCUGUAUGGCAGGCCCUUAGCUAAAUAUCUUUCCGAAAAAGAGUUUUCAAAAUUUUGAGCAAAGAUACAAAAACUUUUUAAACGUAAACAGCUUACGUACUAUCCCUAAAAUCUGAAAUCUAAAGUAACUAAACAAAAAAAUUGCACUGCUGUCCUGACUGUCCCUAUUAUACUGGUAGCAAUCAUUAAAUACACCACAUUGCUCUACAUAUAAAUGCAAUACAGACUGACAAACGUCAAAUAUACACAUUACGUCCUUUCAUGGUCAGAUAAACUAUUCUGGAUCAAAGUUGGCUCCUACAAUCACCAUCAAGUCAGCUGAUUCUGAUAGAAAUGACACUGAACUUACAAGAAACACCAGGUCUGGACAUUGCCUAUAUUUUAACUUCAUAUGUAAACUUAUGGAUAAUCUCUAUAAAUACGGAUGAUAAAAAAUUAUCGGCCAAGAAUAUCACAAAUAAUUUGGUGAUUCACGAUAGUUAAUAUAGACAUUCAAAGCCGCAUAGCGGCGGUAGUUCAAUGAUAAGUUGUAAAAUGCUUGAAAGGCAGUUUAGAUUUUGCAUGCCUUUUUUCCAAAUUAUGAG